ACUGCUGGUGCUUGGCAUAAUAAGAUCAAACCUAACUCUUAUUCAACCUGUCUACGACUUUAACUUGGUAGACUCAAAAUGCACAUUUUUAGUUUAUUUUAGAUACACAAUAUAACCAUUGCUUCUCUCUGCUAUCUCCAACUUCCUAAGCUCACCCUCGCCUUGGAUUUGGGUAAAAGGCCUCGAGAGAGACCCAGCCUUGCCUCCCUUUAUUCCCUUUCAAAUUCCAUACUUUGCUCUGUACCCAUAACGAGGUUUGGUUUUGCAAAACAGAAUCUCUCUCUUUCUCUCUUUCUCUCUCUCUCUCGAACUACACUACCACAUUCACUUCCUUUUUCUUGUGCUUCUUAAUCUCUUAUAGUUCUUACAACGUAUCAGGGGCUUGUCCCAUCUCUGGUUCUUUCUUUCCUUGGAUUUUCAUCCUCUCCAAAAACACCACCAUGUGAGUGAGUGUUUUCACUUGUACCACAUUGCCUAAAAUGGUGACAAACUGUGAUUUUCUAUGUUCCCUCAUCGUUACCUAAGAAACAGAGGAGUGCCCCCCCCACUUUGUUGUGUUCCAUUCCCAGUUUCCAACUCAGUGCUUUGAUCAACCAACUUCUUAUUAUGUCUUUUUCAACCCUUUUAAACACAACAAGAAAUUAAACUGAAACCCAUCUUCUUAGUGUCCUGUUACUAUUAUUAUACUUCACCUCCUCUUCAACCAGUUUAUUCCACGAGUAAAAGUUAUUAUUAGAUUGUUUUCUGUUGUUAACUCAGAAGGCUUUAUGAAGUUGUCCCAACAAUGAGAGAUGAGCACUCGAAGAAAAGCAAGCUUUCGUGGCCCAAGACGUUGGUCAAGAAGUGGUUCAAUAUUAAGAGCAAAAACGAGGACUUUCACGCAGAUGACGUCCUCUACGCAGGUGUUAACGAAGAGUGGAGCAACAACUGUUCGCAGAGUGAGGAAUACACUAUCAAGAAAAGCAAAACAGAGAGAGCAAAGAGAAGGCACUCAGACAGAAUGCGGCGAGGCAAGGUUAACUUUGAUGCAGCUCAGGAUACAGAUGUGCAUAACUAUAGAAUCUUUGCUGCUACUUGGAAUGUAGCUGGAAAAUCUCCUCCAAGUUACUUGAGUCUGGAAGAUUGGCUUCACUCUUCUCCUCCUGCUGAUAUCUAUGUUCUUGGGUUUCAAGAAAUUGUACCUCUCAAUGCUGGUAAUGUUUUGGGCACGGAAGAUAAUGGCCCUGCCAGAAAGUGGCUAGCUCUUAUUAGAAAGACCCUAAACAGUCUUCCUGGAACAAGUGGUGAAUGCCACACUGCUUCUCCACUUCCUGAUCCUAUUGUAGAGUUAGAUGCUGAUUUUGAAGGAUCAAUGAGGCAGAAGACAACCUCUUUCUUUCAUCGCCGGUCGUUUCAAUCCUUCAGUCAUAGUAUGAGAAUGGACAAUGACAUGUCACUUCCACAAGCAUACCUUGAUCGCCGCCUCAGCGUCUGCGACAGAAUGAUGUCUGGUCACAGAACAAGUGAUUACGACCCCAACUACAGAUGGGCUUCUUCGGACGAUGAAAAUGGCACCGGUGACUCCCCAGUUACAACACAAUAUUCACCAAUGACAUGUAAAGGUUUUUUCUCUGUGGAGGAUAGAGAUAGACAGACAGGGCACUCAAGAUACUGCUUGGUUGCAAGUAAACAAAUGGUUGGAAUAUUUCUAACAGUUUGGGUGAAGAGCGAUAUAAGAGAUGAUGUUCACAACAUGAAAGUAUCUUGUGUUGGAAGAGGAUUAAUGGGAUAUCUUGGAAACAAGGGUUCAAUAUCAAUCAGCAUGUCUUUGCACCAAACAAGCUUUUGCUUCAUCUGUAGUCAUUUGACUUCUGGACAAAAGGAGGGUGAUGAGCUAAGGAGAAAUUCUGAUGUGAUGGAGAUUCUGAGAAAGACAAGAUUUCCCCGAGUUCAUGGCAUGGGCGAUGAGAGUUCUCCGCAGACAAUUUUGGAACACGAUCGAAUAAUUUGGCUGGGGGAUUUAAAUUAUCGGAUAGCCCUUUCUUACCGUGCAGCAAAAGCUCUUGUUGAGAUGCAUAACUGGAAGGAUCUGUUAGAGAAUGACCAGCUACAUAUAGAGCGGAGACAAGGUCGAGUUUUUGAAGGAUGGAAUGAGGGGAAAAUAUAUUUCCCUCCUACAUACAAGUAUUCAAACAACUCAGAUAGAUAUGCAGGCGAUGAAAGGCACUCAAAACAAAAGAGAAGAACUCCAGCAUGGUGUGAUCGUAUCUUGUGGUAUGGUAGAGGCCUCCGCCAAUUAUCUUAUGUUCGUGGGGAAUCAAGAUUCUCAGAUCAUAGGCCAGUUUAUAGCAUGUUCCUGGCAGAAGUUGAGUCUGUUAGCCGUAGCCGAAUAAAAAAAUGUUCCAGUUGCUCCAGUUCAAGGAUUGAAGUAGAAGAGCUGUUGCCACAUUCACAUGGUUACAGAUAUGCUGAUUUGAAUUUCUAUUAAGGAAUGCUGUAAAAUAUGUCGAUCAACCCGCAAUUGAGGACACUAAAGAAGCGAAGUGUACCAUACAAGGUGGGUAAUGCUCUGGGGAAUGCUAGCCCCAACGGUGAUGUAAACAUUCUGUUACUCUCAGCCCAAAUUAAGCUGCGGAAUUUGAUUUUGCUUAGCUAUACAGAAAACUUGUCGUUUUGCCUCAAAUGCAAAUAGCAUCUGAAUUCUUACUAAUAAGAAACAUGAAAAGAAUUACUGCUGUGAAGGGUACUGAUUGCUUGUGUUAGAAAAGAUAUGUGCAAGUUCUGACGUAUAUGAAGCUUCUUUUUUCGUGGCAGCUAAUGAUUUCACCGAGGACCAUUAAAGCUAAUGAGUAAAUUUUUGAUGGGUUUGUUUUCAUCAUGUUGUGAUGUUUUCUCUUUUGUGAUUAAGAUGAAAGUUGCAACCAAAAGGAAAGAAAGAAAUGCGCACAACAUAGAUUGCUUUAUUGGCUUUUAUCAGUAAGUAAUUAUUUGUACCAAAUUCCAAAUUAUGACCUUUUUUUUUUUCUUUUAUUUUGAUUCUGAUUCGGGAAUGAUUCUUGGGGCAACGUCAACACCUUUUCCGUCAAUGUUUACUGUGUAAUGAAUGGGUGAAUUCGGCCCAUGCUUAAUAAAUCUUGAAAUCCAACUCCCUUUUGGCAUUGGCAUGUUUUAGAAUAUUUGAUGUGAGAAUUUUGAAAAGUAGUUCUAAUAAAGAAUGACAUAACUGUUAUAGCGAUGCAAUAGAAAGAAAAGGACGUGCCA